AUGACUUCGCGCCCACCUGUGACAGAGCGAAUAUCGUGGUUUGAACAUGUUGCUGUGGAAAAGGACACUACCGUCGAUAUUGUCGCUGUGCCCCCAAUCGGCGCCCGUCAUAGAAGGACAUGGGCAUCGCACGGUACCAAGUCGUCUUGGCUUGAUACUGAGCUCUUCCAACAUGUACCACGAGCACGAGUCUUGCUGUACAACUAUGGGGAGCUACAUGAGGACGAGAUCGACAAAUUGGGUCAACGACUGUUGAAUCAACUACAUACGGAGCGCAAAUACCAUACCGCGCGUCGGCCUAUCUUCUUUGUCUGUCAUAGCACUGGUGGGCUUGUUGUGAAAGCAGCUCUAGCUCUAGCAUCACGGGAACCCGAUCAGGCCAUCUUGACCAGUUGCCAUGGCAUUGCCUUCUUUGCGACUCCCCAUCAAGGAUCAACUUAUCUCUCAGCCAAUGAGUAUGCCCCCAGUAUCCACCACAUACUGCAUCUGGAGCACGAGACUCCAUCGGCGCUUAGAAAACAGUUCCGUCCGCGCCAAGAGUGGCUAUGGCAUCUGUCUAACCGCUUCAAGGCUCUUUCGGCGGAUAUGAAGGUUUGGUCUUUUCUCGAAACCGUUGAUUCGACUAUGCAUGUUGCCGAUGCUCAAACAAAGAAUGUAAUGGAGUUCCAUGCUCCCAUUACUUCAAUUCGGUCGGGAUUGUUAGGCAUCGAGCAUGAAAAGGAGAUACCUGUGGCAACAGACCAUGCGGGAAUAGCAACUUUUCACGGCCAAGCGUCAGCUCGGGAAGAAUUUCUCAGCGAGCUUGGUGCCGCUGUGAGUAUUGCUGUUGAAAUCUCGGGUCGUGAGGAUACGCCCUUGGACGUGGAACAAAAUGUCAUGGUUCAAAUAAAUGCUUUCUUUGAGGAUACCGCACUGGGCGUCAGCGACGAAAGCCCACUCAAGUUAUGGUCAUCUAAAGUCUCAUUGAAAGAUUUUCUCUCCCGGGGACCAUCAGCAUGCCUUCGAGAGAGACUGGGCCGAGGCCAGCCCAGUGGGCUGGAUGAUUCGUCGAUCAGCAGUUUUGAUAGUCCGCGCUCAUCUUACAUUGCUUCUGGUUCCGAUGCCCGGGGGCGUAAUAAAGACCAUCACGAGGAGAAGCCAAAGCCCUUGACACCAGCUCUGCCGUACAAGCAAAGCUUUGAGAGUACUGCAAGUACAUCUAGUCGAUUCCCACGAAUUCACAUCACCGAAGCAGACAUAGAGCGCGCCAAUGACCCACCAAGCCCGCCGCCGCCUCAGACGCAGAAGCGGAAGAAUUCGAUCACAAAGGCGUUCGGAUUGAUUCCAGUGAAGCUAUCUCACCGCCGAGGCUCAGCUGACAGCAACUCUGACGCCAGUAGUGAACCACGACCCUCGCACCCAACAUCGGCAUCACAACAAGCGGAAUCAUCUUUCCUCGCAAUACCCAAGAGCACCCGAGAUCGCAUCAACCAGGGCGGCGAGGCAGCAGACAUUCCCCGAGCAGUUCCCCGUUUCGACCGACCUGAUGCUGGUAGCGAGAAAUUAAUAUGGAUUCAUGUGCCCUAUACACAUACGGGUUGGGUAUCCCAAGUCAUCCGCCGAGCUUGUCGGGAUACCCAAGAGCCUAACAAUUUUGUUCGAAAAUUUAUCAAUGACGAGAAUUGGUAUCUCCGUCUAAAUAGAGCUCGCCAUCUUGAGCCUCAUGCGCGUUUUGUCAAGCCUGCAUGUAUUCACUCAAGGCAAUCGGAGUUUCCCCAGGAUCCUUCCGAUACUUCGGACGAUCCUCAACUCGCUUUAUACGUCCCCUUCCUCCACUGGGAUACAUACCGCAACCUCAUCCAACGGCGUAAGGUAGUCGAGGAACGGCUUCGCCAAGGUCGAUCAAGACCCGUGCCAGAUCGCAUCUCAAAAGCAAGCCUGGAAGCCCAGCUAAUCUGGACCUACCUUGGUAGCGAGCCCCCAGUGCAUUUCCGCCGCACACUAGAUCAAUACGGCUAUCCCAAUCUACGCUCGACGGUCGCAAGGGACGACGACCAAAUGCUCUGGAAACGAACUCGCAGACCAGCGCGCAUCGAUGAACAGCUCAGGGAGUAUCUACAGCCUGAUGAUGAUGAUCCCGAUAAACCAGGUGCCGACGAGUUCAUGAAUGGGAAUGUGUUGAUGGUCGAUCAGCUCUGGAUCUGGAUCAUUGAUGAAAAGACUGUUAUUACGUUCUUCCCUCAGCAGGAAGCGACUACCUCUGAAGGCAAGCUCUUUGAGCAGUCUAACCUGCAUAAUAGCAUAUACAAUGAAUUGAAUGGAGACCUAUCACGUCGCUUCGAGACCGCCGGCGAUUUGGCUGCUCUUAUCAUGCUACACGCUGUGACUGUUCUCUUGGACAAGACAUUGCACCAUGAUCUGCAAAUAUUGCGGAUCUUUGAAGAGUCAAUUAGUAUAUUGACUGAAUCCGUGACCAAGUCUUUCAAGCGCUUCCGCAAUAGAGGCUUCACCAAUCGCCCAUCAGAUCAUGACCGCGCCGCAAGUGGCAAGACGAUGAGCGCUGCCCAGCGAGACGAUAUCGAACACGAGGCUGCUCGACGAAAUAGAGAAGAUCUUUCGGUCCUAUUGGAACUGCGCGACAUCGAGGAUGAGCUAUCCACUAUUCUAAAGCUACUCGAUCAACAAGACACAGUCAUUAAAAGUAUGACCAGAUACUUUGAUGUCAAAGGAUACGGAAAAUCCUUCCUCGACACAGCGCAGGCGCGGAUCGAUGAGUAUAGAUCGCAGAUCAACGAGAUGAAAGGCGAUAGCCAUCUAGCACAGAAAGCAGUCGAAACUCUCCUUGAUUUGAAGCAAAAACAGGCAAAUGUCGACGAAGCCAAAAUGGCGAGAUGGGAGGCCGAAGUCACCCAAACUCAAUCGCGAGCCGUGAUGGUUUUCACGGUAUUCUCUGUUGUCUUCCUCCCUUUAUCCUUCUUCACCUCUCUCUUCGGUAUCAACGCUCGAGAGUGGAGCGGUGAAGCAGCAAACCCGUCCAUAUUCACAAUGUUUGAGAUAGCUGUCCCGGCCUCACUUUUGAUUAUCGUGAUCACCCUAGUUCUUGCAUUUAGUGAGGAUUUGCGCGAAAUUGUCUUCAAAUCGCACAAGAUCGGUUUCGGAUUACUCAAAGACUUCGUCUUCCGGCCGAUCCUAGAACCCUUGCAUUUGAGUCCCGCGGUCAAAUCACCUCCUACUGGUUUACCUGAGAAAUCCAGAUGGAGGAAACGCUUCGAUGAGUACCUUGGAUAUCGCCAGGACAAUAUGCAGCAUGAUGACGAUAUCUGGCAGCGGUGGCAGGAUGAUCGAAAUCAUCAGGCCAAGGAGAGCGGAAUGUGGGAAGGGGUUUGA